CCCAGGAAACCCAGCAACCAGGUUCAUAUCUCAACCAUGCUCUCUGCGGAGGUGCCCCUGCCCCACCUGGGCUCCUCAGCACUGCUUCUGCUGCAGCUACUGCUGUCCCCUAUAGCUGCCUUCUUUCCCAACAUCUGGAGCCUACUGGCUGCCCCUGGGUCCAUCACCCACCAGGACUUGACAGAAGAGGCAGCACUCAACGUAACCCUGCAGCUCUUCCUGGAGCAGCCACCCCCAGGCCGGCCACCCCUUCGUCUAGAGGACUUCCUGGGCCGAACCCUCCUUGCUGACGACCUCUUCGCUGCCUACUUUGGACCUGGGUUUCCUUCCCGGCGGUUCCGAGCAGCAUUAGGUGAGGUAUCUCGUGCCAAUGCAGCCCAGGACUUCCUGCCAACCUCCAGAAAUGACCCUGACCUGCACUUUGAUGCUGAAAGACUGGUUCAGGGACGCACACGCCUGGUGGGGGCUCUGCGGGAGACCUUGGUGGCAGCUAGAGCACUUGACUACACUCUGGCCCGCCAGCGCCUUGGUGCUGCAUUUCAUGCCUUGCAGGAUUUCUACAGUCAUAGCAACUGGGUGGAACUGGGAAAGCAGCAGCCACACCCACACCUCCUUUGGCCAAGGCAAGAGCUCUGGAACCUGGCACAAGUGGACAAUCCUACUUGCUCCGAUUGUUCGGAGUUAAGCUGCCCUGGAAAUUUGCUGGACUUCAUGCUCCUUACCUCUGGCUACUUUGGAAUUCAUCCCCCCAAACCUCCAGGGAAAUGUAGCCAUGGGGGCCAUUUUGACUGGAGCAGCUCCCAGCCACCCCGAGGUGGCAUCAACAAGGAUAGCACAUCCCCAAGCUUCUCUCCACACCACAUGCUGCACCUCCAGGCAGCAAAACUGGCACUUCUGGCCUCUAUCCAGGCCUUUAGCCUCCUGAGAAGCCGACUAGGAGACAGGGGCUUUUCCAGGCUGCUGGACAUCACCCCAGCCUCGAGCCUGAGCUUCGUCCUGGACACCACAGGCAGUAUGGGAGAGGAGAUAAAUGCUGCCAAAAUCCAGGCUCGCCACAUUGCGGAGCAGCGGCGGGGGAGCCCAAUGGAACCUGUCCACUAUGUUCUGGUGCCUUUCCAUGAUCCAGGGUUUGGACCUGUCUUUACAACCAGUGAUUCAGACAGUUUUUGGCAGCAGCUCAAUGAGAUCCAUGCCUUGGGAGGUGGAGAUGAGCCUGAGAUGUGCCUUUCUGCUGUGGAGCUAGCCCUGCUGCAUACACCUCCACUCUCAGACAUCUUUGUCUUCACUGAUGCCUCCCCCAAGGACGCCUUUCUCACAAACCAGGUGGAAUCCCUAACUCAGGAGCGGCGCUGCAGGGUGACAUUCUUGGUGACUGAAGACCCAUCAAGGGUUCAGGGCCGAGUUCGGCGUGAGGUGUUAUCUCCUCUACGUUUUGAACCAUAUGAAGCAGUGGCCCUGGCAUCAGGAGGAGAGGUGAUCUUCACUAAAGACCAGCACAUUCGGGACGUGGCAGCCAUUGUUGGGGAGAGCAUGGCUGCUCUGGUGACUCUACCCCUGGACCCUCCUGUUUUUGUGCCUGGGAAGCCGCUUGUGUUCAGUGUAGACAGGCUGCUCCAAAAGGUCACAGUCCGGAUGCAUGGGGAGAUCAGCAGCUUCUGGAUCAAGAACCCUGCAGGGAUCUCCCAGGGCCAGGAGGAAGGCAUGGGUCCUCUAGGUCAUACUCGCCGCUUUGGGCAGUUCUGGAUGGUGACCAUGACUGACCCCCCACAGACAGGGACUUGGGAGAUCCAGGUCACAGCUAAGGGCAGUCCCCGGGUGCGAGUACAAGCCCAGACUUCCCUGGACUUCCUCUUCCACUUUGGGGUUCCCAUGGAGGAUGGACCCCACCCUGGCCUCUACCCCAUGACUCAGCCAGUUGCAGGUCUCCAGACUCAGCUGCUGGUAGAAGUGACAGGGCUGAACUCCAGAAGUAACUUUGGGGAUAGCCAGCCACAUUUUUCCCACGUUGUCCUUCGAAUGGUCCCAGGGGGCACUGAGCUGGGCCGGGUGCCCUUGGAGCCUGUGGGAUCCCCACAGCGAGGUGUCUUCACAGCCUCACUGCCACCCACACUGCUGUCCACAUCCCUUCCCUUCUCCCUGGAGCUGAUGGGCCAGGAUGGAGAGGGACAGAGCCUGCACAGGGCUGCUCCCCAGCCUUGUACUGUGGCCCCUGUGCUUCUGGAGCUCAGUGGCCCUCCAGGUCUCUUGGCCCCCGGUAGCAAGGCCCCACUCAGCCUCCACAUCACCAGCUUCUGGGGCCCUCAGGAUCUCGAUCUUAGGACAUCUGUCAACCCCAGCUUCUCCCUCACCUCCAACAUCUCCAGGGUUCACCUGGGACUGAAUGAAUCGGCCUGGGGGCACCUGUGGCUGGAGAUCCCAGACUCAGCAGCCCCUGACUCUGUGGUGAUGGUGACUGUGAUUGCGGUGGGUCGAGGAGCCAGCCCAAUGCCCCCAACCCAUGCCUUCCUCCGGCUCUUGGUGCUGGCCCCGGAGAGGCAGGAUCAGCUCCCUGCCCCUGCUUACUCGUCUGGUCCUGUCUUCAUUUCGCCUACCCCUGCCCCAGCCUUUCCUCCCUCCACUUUGGUGACUCAGGGCAGGGCUGGGGGAGGAAUGGCGGGCAACUUCUGGUGGGGCACAGUUGGAGGGGUGCUGUUUCUGCUAAGCUUGUCCUCCUGGUAACAGAACAGCCCUUCUAGGGGACAAGUCUCCAGCACUAUUUUCAAAUUGUCCCAUGGGUGAGAAAGUCACAUGGGCUUCAGGGGCCUUACCUUUCCCAGCUGGAAUAGAGGAUUUUCUUUCUCAUGAACUUAUCUCUUCUUUCUUAAAAACAGAGAGACUGGUAGAACAAUGGAUUUCCUUCUAACCCUUAUGGGAGAAUAGAGGCAUGGCUCAAGUGGCCGAACUCUUGCCUAGUAAGCAGGAAGCCCUAAGUUCAAACCCCAGUACCACCAAAAAACAAACAAAACCCUAACCCUUAUGGGAACUAAACCAAAGACUUUUUUUUUUGAAGAGUUGCUUUCUGUUUCUCUUUAUUUCACUAAGUCAUGCUCUUCCAGGCUCAGGUAGAGGGGAAGAUGUAUGGGGAAGAGACUAGGAUUGGCAGGGGGUAGCAAAGUACCAGGAAAUUUACUUUUUACUUAUUCAUUUUUUGUGGUACUGGGAUUUGUACUCAGGGCUUCAAGCUUGCUAGCCAGGCAUUCUACCACUUGAGGCACACCCUUAAGCCAGGAAGUGUUCCUUACAGAGUUCUUUUUAUUUUAAAAUUUGGAGCUGCUUCUACUUUAUUUUUGCAUUUAAAGCUAAAGGAUGGUUUCAAUGAACAUGUAUUCUCCCCAGAGGGAUUUUGAAGAAAAAUCAUUUUUGUACAUGGUGUAGGGGAGAGCGAGGGCAUGAAACAUCGAGAUGAAAUGGAUGUUUUCAGGAGCAGGGGAUACACUUUACACCCAGAUGUCUGAAUUUCAUUGAUCCAUUGUCUGAAGCCAUAGGCUGUUGAGUUAAAAUGCAGAA